AAAGAAGAUUUAGAAAACAAAGAGUUUAAAGUCUGCAAUGUUUUUUCAGAUUCUCCUCCUGCGACUGAGAGCUCCAAAAUGAAUGAAGUCGUCACAGAAGAAGCUGAUGAGUGGAAAGCUGCUGAUGUGGAAAUCUACUCAGCUUACACCGAAACCACAAACACCAAACCAACAGAAACCGAAACCAAGCGAAGCUGCAGCUCUGGACCUGCAAACACGUCUCAGCAGCCAUUUGUUUCCUAUCCGAGUUACACUCCAAAUGAAGAAGAUCUACGAAAGAAGAAACAGGAAACCAGCAUGAUGGCCGGUCGCAUCCUGUUCUGCUUCUUCGUCCUUUCUCUACUGGUUGAGAACUGCAGUUCUUUCAAAAGCAUGAACCAUUACCAUUAUCUACCUGGAGAAAAACUUGACAUUAUAUGCACCGAUCUCUCACCAGGACGAAGGAGGAUUUUCUGCAGAGAAAACUGUCAGGGAGAAAAUGUUCUUUUUAACACAACAUCCAAUAAAGCAGAAAGAGGAAGAAACAGCAUUAAAUUUUCUCAAAGAGUUCGUGAGAAGGCUUACAAUUUGACUGUCACAGUCGAUAAUUUGACCCCUUCUGACUCAGGACUGUACAAUGCUGGUCUGAGAGACACUCCUUGUAAAUUCAUGGUUGUUGUUGGAGAAGCUCUGCUGAAUGAAAGCAAAGAUCAUGACCUCUAUAAAGUACCUGGCAGCUCACUGACAGUCGCCUGCUCCUUCAAUUCCUCUAGAAGGUGGUUAUAUUUCUGCAGAGGAGAAUGUGAAGAAGAAGAAAACAUUCUUCUUUACACCCAUGGAGUCAGAGCUCAGAGCGGCAGAUACAGCAUCGGACGUAGCUAUUUCAAAUCUUCAGAUGUUUUUUAUGUGAGCAUUCAGAAUCUGACCAGGUCUGACUCUGGACGAUACAGAUGCUUUUCAAGUUCAGACUACGCCACAAAAGCACAUGUGGAUUUCAAUAUCAUCAUCUUACGUGAUUAUACUCUGAUUGUGGUCAUUGUGAUUCUGUCCAUCCUCGUCCUCCUGCUAUCAGCAGCUCUGAUCGCUUCCAGAAGGAGAAGAGAUCUGAGAGAGGUUUGGAGAUGAGAAGUUAUGGCGGCCAACAGACGAAGACUGUAGCCUCUGACUGGAGCCCCGAUGCAGACUUGAUUGAUGAGGACGUCGAACCUGCCAGCAGCAAGGAGAGCAGCUCAGACACAACCACAUCUUAGACAAAUUCAA